AUGCUUAGUGCUCUGAUGAACCAAGCGAUGGCUAUCAAGCAUUCCCUCGCUGGUUUUAAAAAAAGGGGAGCUGACGUCUCGGAUGACCGGUUCAAAGAGCUUGAUGAGAACUUCAAGAGGUUUGAGAAAGAUUUUGACGCUCUGGAUGUCGAGGAAGUUGCUGAUGACGACUUUAGGAUGACUCCUUCUCCUUGGAUGUCUUCAAAUCUUCCUCAGGACGAGACCGCGACUGCCUCUGUGAACCCUCCUCAGACUGAGGUUGUAGCUCCCUUCGACCAAUAUGGAACUUUAAUGAGUGCAGAGCAACAAGCAAAAGAUCGACUUCUGCUUGAGGAUGGUCCGGAAGCGGAAGCUCAAGAAAUAGAGCCCGCAGCUGUUACGAAGGAUGCGGUGACUGGCGAGGAGCUCGCUUCUCUUAACAGACUCCUUGUCGUCCCGACUGCUCAACCUUAA